AUAUUAAACAGAACACUCAACGCCCGACGACCACAAAACACUCAAAAAAAGAGCGGGCGAAAGCCAAGCCUUCGAUCCAAAACUCCCAAAAACCUUCACAAAUCAUGGGGAGUUCCAAGGACGAUUCCGCCACCGACGGCGACAAAUCCACCGGUAAUCGCCGCCGUCCCGAAUCCAAUUCCAACCUCUUCUCCGACGGAGAGAAAGUCCUCGCUUUUCACGGCCCUCGUAUAUACGAAGCUAAGGUUCAAAAGGCUGAGAUACGAAAGAAUGAGUGGAAAUACUUUGUGCAUUACCUUGGUUGGAAUAAAAACUGGGAUGAAUGGGUUGGAGUUGACAGAUUAAUGAAAUACACAGAAGAAAACAUUUUAAAGCAACAAGCACUUGACAAAAAACAAGGUGUUGACAAAAACUCAAAAGGAAGAUCAACUCAAACUAAACCCAAAAUAUCAAAUGAUGUAAAGGUGGAAAAAGAAGAUGUGAAGAGUAGUGGGGCAAAAGGGAAAAAGAGGAAGAGUGAUUCGAGUAUAGAGAAAGAGAAUGCAUCUGUUGAAAAGCCUGUAAAGAUUCAAAUUCCAUCUUCUCUAAAAAAACAACUUGUGGAUGAUUGGGAAUUUGUUAAUCAUCAAGAUAAGCUUGUUAAUCUUCCACGAUCUCCAAAUGUUGAUGACAUUUUGGCAAAGUAUCUUGAAUACAGGUCAAAGAAAGAUGGGAUGAUGACAGAUGCAGUUGGAGAGAUUCUGAAAGGAUUAAGAUGUUAUUUUGAUAGAGCUUUACCAGUUAUUCUAUUAUAUAAUAAAGAACGCAAACAAUUUCAAGAAUUAAUUACAGAUAAUAAUAAUAAUAUUUCUCCUUCAACAAUUUAUGGAGCUGAACAUCUCCUACGUCUUUUUGUUAAAUUGCCAGAGUUAUUGCCAUAUGUGAACAUAGAAGAGGAUCUUGCCAUGCGUUUGCAACAAAAAUUUCUCGACUUUCUCAAGUUUAUGCAAAAGAAUCAAAGCUCUUUCUUUAUUUCUUCGUAUGAUGGGAUGAAGGUUUCUGACAGGGGCAAAAUGGUCCAGGAGUAACAUUAGUUGUUGCCAUUUUUAACAAAAAUAUUUUGGUGUUGUAACAUAAUCUCAAUUCUUUUUUUUUAUUAGUUGACAAAUUUGUAUAAAUCAAGAUUCAAGAAUCAAUCUUGGUUCAAAUUAGCUAAAAGUGUUGUAGAAUUAGUAUUUUCUCAUCUAGUAGUGUAGAACAUUUCUGAUUUUUAUAACUUGAAAAUUGCUAAAAUUCAUGAUUGUUAUUA